CUGACGUUGCCAAAUAUCCCUUCAGGGCAAAUCCUCCUUUCUCCCCAUGAAAACCACUGGGUUAAAGCAUUGCUCUCUCUCCAGUGGCCCCAAGGACCGCUGCCUAUUUGGCCCCGAAGCUCCUUCCGGGUUCCUCUUCCUGCCAGCCCCCAAAUUUCACUUUCACUUCUCAGCCAGCUCCUGGGGAGAAACUACUUCAAGCAGACUGAGCCCCUGUUUGAGAUGAACAGAAAGUCUCUUCUCUUCUGUCCACCUCCACCUCCCCAGAAGAAAACCUUGUGAAAGAGGUCUCUGUUUUCCAAAUAUGUGAAAGCCCAAGCUUCUAGUAUGGGGCAUCAAAGACAAUGGAGUAUUGGGGGCAUGGCAGAGCUAUCCAGGAAUCUUUAAGCAAGGAGAACCUCAGGAAUUAGGACAAGAAGAAGCCUGGAGAGCCUUACUAUGGCUUUAAAAAUCCUGACGAACAAACAGGAAGAGGAGACCUGCUCUGUCUGCCUGGAGCUUUUGACAGAAUCCUUGAGUCUAGGCUGUGGCCACAGCUUCUGCCAAACCUGUAUCACUGCCAACAACAAGGAAGCAGAAAUCAGCCCACGAGGGGAAAACGGCUGUCCUGUGUGUGGUAUCAGAUACUCACUUGGAAACCUAUGGCCAAAUCAGCAUCUGGCCAAGAUAGUAGAGAGACUCAGAGAGGUCAAGUUGAGCCCAGAGGAAGAGCAGAAGAGAAAUCUCUGUGUGCACCAUGAAGAGAAACUCCUGCUCUUCUGUAAGGAGGAUAGAAAGGUCAUUUGUUGGCUUUGUGAACGGUCUCAGGAACACCGAGGUCACCACACAUCCCUCAUGGAGGAGGCAGUCAAGGAAUGUCAGGAGAAGCUCCAGGCAGCUCUGGAGAGGCUGAGGAAGGAGCAGCAGGAAGCUGAGAAGUUGGAAGCUGAUGUUAGAGAAAAGAGAACUUCCUGGAAGUAUCAUAUACAGACUGAGAAACAAAGGAUACAAACAGAAUUUAAUCAGCUUAGAAGCAUCCUGGACAGUGAGGAGCAGAGAGAACUGAACAAACUGGAGGAAGAGGAGAAGAAGACACUGGAUACCUUGGCCGAGGCUGAGGAUGAGCUGGUUCAGCAGAACCAGUUGGUGAAAGAGCUCAUCUCAGAUCUGGAGCGUCGCAGUGAAUGGUCAACUACGCAGCUGCUGCAGGACGUGAGUGGAAUCAUGAAAUGGAGUGAGAUCUGGAAGCUGAAGAAGCCAAAAACGAUUUCCAAGACACUGAAGAGUGUAUUCCGCGCUCCAGAUCUGAGUGGAAUGCUGCACAUGUUUAGAGAGCUAACACAUGUCCAGUGCUACUGGGUGGAUAUCACACUGAAUCCAGUCAACCUAAAUUUGAAUCUUAUACUUUCAGAAGAUCAGAGGCAAGUGACAUCUGUGCCAAUUUGGCCUGUUGAGUAUUAUAAUUAUGGUAUCUUGGGCUCCCGAUAUUUCUCUUCAGGGAAACAUUACUGGGAAAUAGAUGUGUCCAAGAAAAAUGCCUGGAUCCUGGGGGUAUACUGUAGAACACGUUCCCAUAAUAUAAAGUAUGAUGUUAGGCGAGGCACAAAUCAUCCAAAUGUUUACUCCAGAUACAGACCUCAGUAUGGCUACUGGGUUAUAGGGUUACAGAAAGAAUCAGAGUACAAUGCCUUUGAGGACUCUUCCACCUCUGAUCCCCAUGUCUUAACUCUUUCUGUGACUGUUCCUCCCCAUCAUGUUGGGGUUUUCCUAGACUGUGAAGGAGGCACUGUCUCAUUUUUCAAUGUCACAAACCAUGGGUCACUCAUCUACAAGUUCUCUAAAUGUCGCUUUUCCCGGACUGCUUAUCCGUAUUUCAAUCCUUGGAACUGUCCAGCUCCCAUGACACUGUGCCCACCGAGCUCGUGAACGUUCUGUUUCCCUCACCCACUUCUUGUAGUGCCCCUUGUUCUGGGUUUCAUCUCUAUCCCUGAGCUCAUCUGCACCAUUCACAUCAUCUCUUCCUUGUUGUCUCCUUUUUCACUUUAAAAAUUUUACUGAUCUUUGGGAUGCACGCUGUAUUUGGUUUAAGUUAGGAGAAAUGCUUAUUUGCCAUUUACCUUUUUUUGUAUUCUCAAAGAAAGAUGUCUAAUCCCUCCUAAAGGCAGUGCAGUCUUGAUAUAACAUGGUUGCUCUCCCAUAUCUCCAUAUUUUCCUUUAUCUUUGAUCUGAAGAGACAUAGCAAAGCCUGUCUGCCACCAUGCAUGUUAUCUGGGACAGUCCGUAAUCACCCUCCACCCACCACCCACAAGUAAGGUGUCUUCGCGUGUAUGUUUCUUUGUUGCUCAGAAUACACCAGGUUCAUCAGAGGAUCAAGGAAAGGAAAACAUAAGCCAUGCAUAUACCCAGAGUGAAGAUUUUAUAUACAGAGUGUUUAUCUUCAAAUCCUGUCUCUUCUUUUAUAAGAUAUGUAAUGAUAAAUAAAUUCUGGGUUUCUUUUUCUAAAAUACAAAUUAAGAUUUAAAACUGUACUUGUUAGAUUGUUGUGUAGAACUAAGUGUUACUGAACAUAAAACAACGACUUAAGUGUUCUAUACAAUAUAAUAAAUAUUUUCUCUCAUGAUUACUGAAAAGUAUAAGCUGUGUCAAUGUCCUGUGCAAUAGCUGUACAAGGUCCUGUGUCCUUCAGAGGAAAAAUAAUUGAUUCUACUGGUCUCAUUUUUCAAGUUCCCAAAUGCCACUGUUAAGGCCACUCCUGUUCCAGUCUUAUUCUAUAGAACUUUUUAUACUAAAGCUUAAGGCCUUUUAUUGGGAAUGGGUCAGAAAACUGCAAAAGUAUGAGUUUCCAAAAUCUUUCCAGCAGAGGAAGCCACCUCUAGGCACAGCUAUUCUUAUAAGGGACAGGCUUUCAGUAUUCAGGCCUUUUCCUUGUGGUAAAAAGAUUGAGUAUACACCAUAUAUAAAGUCUUACCCACUUUGCUUUGCUUUGCUUUUUUACUCAGUUUCAAAUUCAGGAUGAGGAAUAGACUUACCCAGGAUAAUAAAGGUACAAACUUUCUUAGAGGACUGUGUCUUAUAAACUAGGAUGGGCUACUGCCUAGAGUCUACAUCAAGAUAUAGAUGGGUGAUAAUUUGUCCCAGUGGAAUGAAAAAGAAAUAACUUGGUCUGGAAAUGGUAUAUCAAUACACAGUCAUGCUUAAGCAUGCAUAUGCAUAAACACACACACAUAUCUAUAUAAUUAUGUGUAUAAAUACAUAUAUGUAGGGGAUUGUUAUGUCAGUUAUUCUUCAAACAUAUCAUAUGAAGAAGGCAUUCCUAUCAGGCAGUUAAAAGAAUAUGUAAAGUUAUGAGAUAUUCCCGAAUGUCCCCGGCUGAUGAGUGGAGGAGGUAGGAUUAAAACUAGGCCUGGGUUUCUCCAACGCAGGUGCCCUCUCUGCAGUACACACCCAAAGAAAAGGUAGCAGCCAAAUUCCCUUGGUGUGGGGUAGGAAGGAGAACCCACGGGAUGCUGACCUGCAGAAGGAGCUGGGAGCAUCAUGGGAAAAUCUUGGGUGCCACAAGAUAGACGUUGAUAUACUCAAUCCAUGUAGCCAUUAAUGAAGCAGGAGAAGGUCAUGGUAAUGGCUAAAACCAAGUUGAGCUACUUCAUGACCAGGAUGCUCUUGCAGGUGACAUGAUGUAGAGGGUAAAGACUGUGGAUGUUUGAUAGCCUGGACAUUGAAAUCAGAUAGAAUUUCAUUAUCACAGUGAUGUUGCUAAUUACUGACCUUUACUAAAUUUAAUUUAAUUGGAUUAAGUUCAUCAUCAGAAAUAAAUAUACUAAGACUUAUAAGAGUUACUGUGGGAAAUAAAUAAUAAAAUGUUUGUGUGUCUUCCUCAUUUCCUAGCACGUAAGUGCUAAUCCAGACUGGUGUUGAACUUUCUCUGUUUUUUGAAAUAAUUAAUGUUAAGAAUGACUAUUAGUCUACUUUAAAUAUUAGUACCUUUGCUUUGCUUUGAUACAGAAAAACUUGAUUAAAGAAUCACAAAUCAUUUCUUAAUUUCAUCUUUUUGCAUAAUACAUAUUUCUUUUUUUAAAUCAACUAUCUUUAUUUCAACUUACAGAUAGGUAUCUGAGUGCAAAAUAUUUUUUUCCUCUACACAUUGUUUUUGACUUUGCUAUAUAAUAGUCUGAUAUCAAUCAGUCUUUUUUUAAUUGUGGUAAGGACAUUUAACAUGAGAUCUAACCUCUCAACAAAUUUUUAAGGUGUUGCUAUUCAAUAAAUGUAAAGUUUCAGUUAUGCAAUUUUAGUAAGUUCUCGAGAUCUACUGUACAACAUUCUGCCUAUACAGACAUGCCUUGCUUAAGGACAGGGAUAUGUUCUGAGAAAUGGGUUGUUAAGCGAUUUCAUCUUUGUGUGAAUAUCACAGAGUGUACUUGCACAACCCUAGAUGGUAUAGCCUACUACACACCUACGCUAUAUGAUACUAAUCUUAAGGGACCACUGUUGUAUAUGCGGUCCAUCCUUGACUGAAACAUUAUGUAGUGCACGACUGUAUUUAACAAUACUGUAUUGUGCACAUAAUAAAUAUUUCUUCAUUGUAAAAUAAAAUUUUACCUUCUUCAAAGCUA